GGCAGUGAGGCAAGCGCCGUCAGGCGCCAAAGUGGUUUUUUUUUUUUUCUUUUUUUUUUUUUUGCCGGAGUCGAGCGGGUGCUGCUAGCGGAGGCGCCAUAUUGGAAGGGACAAAACUCCGGCGACAGCGAGUGACACAAAUAAACCCCUGGACCCCCUUGUUCCCUCAGCUCUAAGGGCCGCGAUGUUGUACCUAGAAGACUAUCUGGAAAUGAUUGAGCAGCUUCCUAUGGAUCUGCGGGACCGCUUCACGGAAAUGCGCGAGAUGGACCUGCAGGUGCAGAAUGCAAUGGAUCAACUAGAACAAAGAGUCAGUGAAUUCUUUAUGAAUGCAAAGAAAAAUAAACCUGAAUGGAGGGAAGAACAAAUGGCAUCCAUCAAAAAAGACUACUAUAAAGCUUUGGAAGAUGCAGAUGAGAAGGUUCAGUUGGCAAACCAGAUAUAUGACUUGGUAGAUCGACACUUGAGAAAGCUGGAUCAGGAACUGGCUAAGUUUAAAAUGGAGCUGGAAGCUGAUAAUGCUGGAAUUACAGAAAUAUUAGAGAGGCGAUCUUUGGAAUUAGACACUCCUUCACAGCCAGUGAACAAUCACCAUGCUCAUUCACAUACUCCAGUGGAAAAAAGGAAAUAUAAUCCAACUUCUCACCAUACGACAACAGAUCAUAUUCCUGAAAAGAAAUUUAAAUCUGAAGCUCUUCUAUCCACUCUUACGUCAGAUGCCUCUAAGGAAAAUACACUAGGUUGUCGAAAUAAUAAUUCCACAGCCUCUUCUAACAAUGCCUACAAUGUGAAUUCCUCCCAACCUCUGGGAUCCUAUAACAUUGGCUCGUUAUCUUCAGGAACUGGUGCAGGGGCAAUUACCAUGGCAGCUGCUCAAGCAGUUCAGGCUACAGCUCAGAUGAAGGAGGGACGAAGAACAUCAAGUUUAAAAGCCAGUUAUGAAGCAUUUAAGAAUAAUGACUUUCAGCUGGGAAAAGAAUUUUCAAUGGCCAGGGAAACAGUUGGCUAUUCAUCAUCUUCGGCACUUAUGACAACAUUAACACAGAAUGCCAGUUCAUCAGCAGCUGACUCACGGAGUGGUCGAAAGAGCAAAAACAACAACAAGUCUUCAAGCCAGCAGUCAUCAUCUUCCUCCUCCUCUUCUUCCUUAUCAUCGUGUUCUUCAUCAUCAACUGUUGUACAAGAAAUCUCUCAACAAACAACUGUAGUGCCAGAAUCUGAUUCAAAUAGUCAGGUUGAUUGGACUUAUGACCCAAAUGAACCUCGAUACUGCAUUUGUAAUCAGGUAUCUUAUGGUGAGAUGGUGGGAUGUGAUAACCAAGAUUGCCCUAUAGAAUGGUUCCAUUAUGGCUGCGUUGGAUUGACAGAGGCACCAAAAGGCAAAUGGUACUGUCCACAGUGCACUGCUGCAAUGAAGAGAAGAGGCAGCAGACACAAAUAAAGGUGGUCCUUUUGUUUGAGGAAGAAAUAGACUUCAGCUGAAGAUUUUAUAUAGGACUUUAAAAA